AUGUUGGUCGCUACGAUCACGGUCUUUGCUCUUUUGCGAGUGCAAGGGGCGCUCGCUCAAGCCAGCAAAACAACAAACAUUCCUCGCUGGUGUGGCAAGCCUUACAAGAGCGGUUCCCCAAAUAUCAACCCCGGCGGUCAAUUAACCCAACCGCAACCAUCACCGAACCCAUUGUUAUAUGUACAAAUCGAGCCCCGGCACAGCAUCUACGUAUCUUCGGAAGAAUCGGCAACGUUUAUAGUUGACGCUGCGCUCUCUGACUACUAUGGCAGCCCGUACUCCAAUUCCACCCAAGUCCUAGGAUCAUCAACACCAGAGCCAUUUUCAGAUUUAUAUUUCAGUAUCCUCGCAGAGUCCAUCGAUCAAGUGCUAGUCACCAACAGCGUGAGAAUAAACACAACAAAUAAUCUAUUCGACUUCAACAUUGCACAACUCACGCCUCAAUUCGAUCCCUACGACAUUGUUUUAUAUGGCGCCUCUUCAGACGGAAAUCAAACAUACUCCACAGCCACAAAACUAUUCUACCUCCCCGACAAACAGCCCGGAAGUAUAACUAAAAUUGACAAUCUGAACGGAAAUCUUCUGUACAGAAAUAACGCGACUAACAACACAUUCGUUCCCUUUUUCGCGUUCGGAUUUUAUACCUCUUGGGGCGGAUAUUUGGAACCGAGUCUUGAGAAUUUGAAAGCAUAUUAUGAUCUCGGGUAUAGUGCGGUUCAUCCCAUUCCAUCGUUUUCGGACAAUUUGACAACUGUCUUGGACUAUAUGGAUGAGUUGAACUUGAUGUUUCAGUAUGAUAUGCGGGGGACGUAUACAAAUCUGACGUCCGUGAAGGAGCAGGUUAAUCUAGUCAAGGAUUAUAGUUCUUUGCUCGCCUGGUACACAGCUGAUGAACCGGAUGGAAACCAAGAUCCUCUUAAUGCCACGACAUUGGCGUAUGAAACCAUCGGCCAGAUUGAUAAAUAUCAUCCUGUCGGAUUGGUGCUGAAUUGUCAGAACUACCAUUUCGAAGAAUACUCUGCCGGGGCAGAUUAUUUAAUGGAAGAUGCAUACCCGAUUGGCAUUAAUGCGACGUGGUCCAAAUGGGGUACGCUUUGUAAUGCGACAUAUGGGGAUUGUGGGUGUGACAAUUGUCUCGGCGAGUUGCAGGAUGUCUCUAAUCGUAUUGAUGAUAUUGCCGAAUAUCAAGAAUGGUUGGGACAAUGGUCAAAGCCUAUUUGGGCAGUACCUCAAUCAUUUUAUGGCGAGGGAUAUUGGGACCGGAAUCCAACCGCCGAAGAAACAUGGGUCAUGAAUCAACUUGCCCUUAACCACGGAGCAAAAUCCAUCAUGUUGUGGGCCUUUCCGACGGUAGAUGAAUUAGCCACGGCCAAUUCGCAGCAGUCAAAGGUUCUGACAAAGUCGCCUGUGUUGGAGUUUGUGACUGGUGGUCAACCAACACGGCUCUCGGUUAAGGCGUUUGAGUCGCUGGAUGUCUCGUAUUGGAUUGUGGGACAGCAAGCGCUGGUUAGUAUAGUAAAUCUGGAGUAUGCUGAUGCUUCUUCCGCUAUCAAGAUUGUAUUGCCGUUCCCUGCUUCGUCAAUUGUGUCGAGUCCUUGGGGUAAUGUCCCGUGGGAGCUCUCUGAAAAGACGUUGAAUGUGCAGACCUUGGAUGCUCUUGUAACAAGCCUUGUCAUACUUCAUCUGUGAUAUCGAAAGUUUAGCGCAAUCGACGCGAAUAUGAU